GUGAAGAGCGAAGGCCCCAAAUUGGUGCCCUUCUUUAAAGCCACUUGUGUCUAUUUUGUCCUCUGGCUGCCAACUUCCAGCCCCUCCUGGUUCAGUGCCCUGAUUAAAUGUCUGCCCAUCUUCUGCCUGUGGGUUUUCCUUCUGGCUCAUGGAAUUAACUUCUUAGUGUCACACCGGAGUGCCAGCCGCAUCCUAGCAGGACUUAUCUUCUCGGCAGUGGGAGAUGCCUUUCUCAUCUGGCAGGAGCAGGGCUACUUCAUUCAUGGUCUGCUGAUGUUCGCCAUCACACACAUCCUGUACUCCUCAGCCUUCGGCAUGAAGCCUUUGGACCUCAAAGCUGGCUUGUUGAUGGGCCUUGUUUCCGGAUCCUGUUACGCCUUCCUGUACUCCUACCUCUCAGGCCCGUUCACCUACCUGGUAGCUGUCUACAUCGCCUUGAUUGGCUUCAUGGGCUGGCGAGCAGUCGCUGGCAUGCAGCUGUGCAAUGACCUCUGGACAUGGACCAAGCUCUCGGCCUGCAUCGGCGCAAUGCUGUUCAUGGUGUCGGAUCUGACCAUUGCACUUAACAAGUUCUGCUUUCCUGUGCCCUACUCGCGCUUCAUCAUCAUGGCUACUUACUAUGCAGCCCAAAUGCUUAUUGCACUGUCAGCUGUAGAGAGCAGAGAUGAAGAGGACUACAGAAAGAGGAGCUAG